UACACGUUCCCAAACCUUGAGCCGAAUACUAGCAGUGUAUGUACUCCAAGAUUUCCUGGGGUGAAGUACCGACUGUCAAAGUUUCGGAAACCAAGGUGGAGCUGUCUCAAAUUACUGUUCUCUUCCCUACCUCACGCUUAUCCAGGUUACAAUCAUGACGGAGUUCUUUCCUCAAGAGCUCGUCGAUGCAAUAAUUGACGAGGUUCACGACUUCGCUGAUCUCAAAGCUUGCUCGCUCACCUGUCGCAAUUUCUCCUCACGUAGCCACUCCCUGCUCUUUCAAAAGCUCAACCUUAACGGGAAAUUCCAUCUCGAUGCGUUCCAGAGAUUCCACGACCUGUGUAUUGAAUCCUCACAUAUUCCUCCCCUUGUGCGGAUACUCUGCAUCCACGAGUAUUAUCGUGGCUCCGCUCUCAGUGAUCGACCCAAAUCCGACAUCGUCAACUCUCUUCUCAGAUUAAUGCAGAAUCUCGAGGUCAUCAAAUUUUACAAUGGCACUAGCUUCGUCGACUUCUGCGAUGGAUCUUUGGCGCGGUUCUCUUCUCACUCAUUCCGUGAAGUACAUCUUUAUGACAUCUUCUUUGUCAAGAAUAGGCUGGACCAGAUGUGUGCUAUGUUACAAGGGUCUCCAAAGUUGGAACGGCUAGUUGUGCAUCAUACUGGCCCGUAUGUGUUACCUAUGUUUGGAGGUGAUGAAACUAGCCAGUCGAGACUGGAACACAUACACGUUACGCGUCGUGGACCUCUUAUCCAAAACUUGAGUGUCAUGAGUAGACCUUCAUACAGGUGUCCUGCCUUCAUCGAAGCGAUACUGGAGACAAAAACCUGUCCUAUAUCUAUCAACGAACUGCAUCAGUUUGCAUUUAGUCUUAGCGACAUUAUCGACUUCCAGCAUCUUGACAAAAUGCUCGCCUUGACAUCAGACACGCUUCGUGUUCCGUCGCUGACAUUCAAUUGCCCAAACGCACUGCACUCUCAUCCACUGGACAGACUUUCUAUCGUCAGAAUGGGGCAUUUACGAAAGAUUACUUUCGUGAUCACACAUGGGCUCUAUGGGUUUUACUACCUGCGAUGGUGGAUCCAAAGUCUGAAGAGAGUGAUAGCUUCCGACGGAAAGCCAGCCUUGCGGAUAAUGGACAUCGAAUUAGGCCAUUCUUUCAGUUUGGUGCACCCCGCGUUGCACCCAGAGCGGAACAAGUUUGACAUGAUACUCGCCAGCCUGCCAUUCGACGACGCGUUUCAAAUGCUAACCAUAAAGGAGAAUCAAUGGGAUCAAGGUCGGUUGCCUUGGUCGUUGGACAACUUUCCAUGUGAGCCUUGGCAGAGCCUCGAAGUCAGGGCGGAGGAUCUUAAAACGCAGCUCCCCCGACUUGCAGCAAAGGGUAAACUUUUGGUCAAAGUCAUAUAGUGCAUACCACAGUCUUGUAUUUCGAGACAUUCGAAUGCUUAUUACGGGAUGUGCGAUGUAGAAAGUCGAUGCGAUGGCAAUUCUGCUUCUGCU